AUGGAAUCAAUUUUUGAAAGUAAAUAUUGCACGGAAAUGCGAGAAUCUGCCGUUGUUUUGACAAAGCGUUUGGCCCAGACAGCGCAAGAGACAUUCGGUGAUUUUGAAGAAGCAGUAGAAAAAGAUGCCACAAAAACUGCUGUUCUAGAUGGAACUGUCCAUCCUCUCACUAGCUAUGUGAUAAACUACGUAAAGUUUCUAUUUGACUAUCAAUCAACACUGAAGCAACUUUUCCAAGAGUUUGAUGAAGGUGACGCAGAUUCCUUGUUGACAUCUGUAACAACACGAAUAAUGCAGGCUCUUCAAACUAACCUAGAUGGAAAAUCUAAGCAGUACAAAGAUCCUGCUUUGACCCAAUUAUUUCUUAUGAACAACAUUCACUAUAUAGUUAGAUCUGUGCGCAGGUCAGAAGCAAAGGAUUUGUUAGGUGAUGACUGGGUACAAAUACACCGAAGGAUUGUUCAGCAGCAUGCAAAUCAGUAUAAGAGGAUUUCUUGGUCAAAGAUUUUGCAAUGUCUGACAAUUCAAGGGCUUUCAUCAUCAAGUGGGAAUCAGUUCGGAGGUGAUAGUGGGGGAAAUAGUGGAGUUUCAAGGGCAAUGGUGAAAGAAAGGUUCAAAACAUUCAACAUUCAGUUUGAAGAGCUUCAUCAAAGGCAAUCUCAAUGGACAGUUCCUGACAGUGAGUUACGCGAGUCCUUGAGGCUAGCUGUAGCUGAAGUCCUUUUGCCUGCUUAUCGAUCUUUCAUUAGACGUUUUGGGCCUCUAAUUGAGAAUGGUAAAAAUCCCCAGAAGUACAUCAAAUUUACUCCAGAGGAUCUUGAACGGAUGUUGGCCGAGUUUUUUGAAGGAAAGACAUGGAGCGAACAAAAGCGUUGAAUUUUUUUCUGACGAACUUGUUAAUGGGGAGGUGCUCAAUAUCACAUUAGUGUUAAUAAUAAUAAUGUGAUUAAAUAAUUGGUUGAUAGUGUAUUCUUUCUCUUCCUAAAUUCUUUCAACUGUUAAUGUUUUAACCACAACAUUAUUAUAUGUUCUGUAGGAGAUGUUUAUAUUAUAGAAGUCCUCUCUC